AUGGCGCCUGCGCUGGCGACCUUGCAGGUCGCUGCCCCACACCAUCUCAGUCUUCCUCGUCCUCGUGCCCGCGCCUCCCGAUCCGGCGCCUCCUUCCUCGCCCUGGAAGUCGCAAGGAACUCAGGCCGCCGCUGGCCCUCAUCCCCUUCCGCUGACGCCGUUCUGCCCAAGUUGGGAAUCGUCAAGUACCCGAAGACCACAUUGACACCAAGUAUUUGUACCGCCGUUUUCGGAAUCACCAAGACCGCGUGUACCACUACUUCCAUGACGUCCACUACCAUCGUCGUGGGAUUUGACAAGCUCAAUCCACUACCAUCGUCGUGGGAUUUGACAAGCUCAAUAACGACCCCUGAAGACCUUGGAUUCGUCAAGUUCCCCUCUGUCGCCAUGUACCACUACUUCCACUACCGUCGCUGA